AUGCAUACGGUGUUCCCGUUUUUAUGUUUUACAGAAGGAUUUUUUUGUUUUCAGGUUACACUGCGUUUGAUAUUGGUGAGUGGUCGAACGCAUGAAUUCCAAUUUCACCCGCUCACACCUGCCCAUGAAGUAACUCAGAAAGUGUUCGAACAAUGGCCGAAAGAGUGGGCUGAAGAGAAAGUGGAAUCGGCUUCGAUGCUCAAACUCAUUUAUCAUGGACGAUUUUUGCAUGGCUCCGUUACCCUGAACGCAUUAAAUCUUCCGCAAGGAAAAACGACUGUGAUGCACUUGGUGACACGGGAAAAUCUUCCCGAACCCAAUUCAAACGGUUGGUUUGUUUCGUGUGCGUGUAUAUGUGGGUAA